AUGAAAGAUCUUGGUACUCUUACAUAUUUCUUGGGGUUGGAAGUUCAUUAUAAUUCUUUAGGUGUUUUCUUAAACCAGCACAAAUAUACUCAGCAUUUCAUUACUUUGGCUGGUCUUCAAGAAUCACCCUCUGUUGAUACUCCAUUGGAAUUGAAUGUAAAGUAUCGCCGUGAUGAAGGAGAUCUUAUACCUGAUCCAACUUUGUUUCGACAAUUAGUUGGGAGCCUAAAUUAUCUUACUAUUACUAGGCCUGAUAUCUCUUUGCGUACCAACAAGUCACCAAUUUAUGCAGACCGCCUUAAUGCUUUCAGUGAUUCUGAUUGGGCUGGAUGUUCUGAUACUCGCCGCUCCAUCACGGGAUGGUGCAUGUUUCUCGGAGAUUCUUUGAUAUCUUGGAAGAAGAUAGGAUUUCCUCAAUCUAGUCCUACUCCUCUCCAUGCUAACAACACAAGUGCCAUUCAGAUUGCAACCAAUCCAGUUUAUCACGAAAGAACCAAGCAUAUUGAAGUGGACUGUCAUUUUAUCAGAGAAGCUGUAGAUAGAAGAGUUAUUACUCUUCCACAUGUAUCCAGUGAUCUUCAAAUAGCUGAUGUGUUUACAAAAUCAAUGGCACGACAACGUCAUCGGUUUCUAGGAAGCAAAUUGAUGCUUGCUGAUCCACCGGCAUCAAUUUGA